CGGUAUGUCAAUGGGAUUUUAUGUUUUAUAGCGGACCAAGGAUGACAAAGACAAUAGGAUACCGAGACUGGAGAUGGCAGUUGCUUUGGUGGCAUCAUUUCUUUUUCUUAUGGAGUACAAUAAACGGUCAAACGCGUUACAGCAUACCAGAGGAAAUGAAACCGGGCUCUGUGGUAGGAAAUCUAGUCAAAGAUCUUGGAUUGGGACUAUCUGAGAUAUUUGACCGAAAGCUGCGUGUCGCCUCUGAUGCUGGUAAGCAGUAUUUCACUGUGGAUGCGGGAAAGGGUGAGCUGGUGGUGAAUGAAAGAAUAGACAGAGAAGCUUUAUGUGGACAAAGCGCCAGCUGUGUGUUGCCUUUACAGGUUGUUAUUGAAGACCCUUUACAGCUGAUUCGUGUGGAAGUAGAAAUACAGGACAUUAAUGAUAAUGAGCCAAGAUUCCCAUCGCAUGAUGUCACAUUGGAAAUCGCGGAAUCAACUGUUUUAGGGGUGCGUUUCCCUCUAGAAAGCGCGAUAGAUCCAGACGUAGGAAGUAAUUCACUGAAAUCAUAUACUCUAAGUAAAGAUGAAUGUUUUAACAUCAGAGUUAAAGAAGUUGCCGGUGGAAGAAAGGUUCCUGAAUUAGUUUUAGCAAAACUGUUGGAUAGAGAAAAGAAAGCUGUACACAAGCUCUUAUUGACAGCACAAGAUGGGGGCAACCCAAUAAGAUCUGGAACGUCUCAACUAACUAUUAAAGUUCUUGAUAUAAACGACAAUGUUCCGGUUUUUGAGAAAACGUUGUACAAAGCGUCUGUGGCUGAAAAUGCCGUAGAAGGUGCGUUCAUCAUACAAACAAAAGCGACAGAUAUGGACGAUGGUCAAAACGGAGAAAUAGAAUAUUCAUUUGGAUCUCAUACACCAGAUAAUAUUUUGUCUAUUUUUAGCAUUGAUCAUUCAUCUGGAACUAUAUCUCUCAAAGGAAAGCUUGAUUUCGAAGAAACUCCUAAUUAUGAAAUAGACAUAAGUGCUAAAGAUAAAGGUAGUCCUAGAAUGGAGGGACAUUGUACUGUACAUAUUGAAGUUACAGAUACUAACGAUAAUGCCCCAGAAAUCAUACUCACGUCUCCUCCAAAACCAGUGCGUGAAGAUUCGCCUAAUGGCACCGUAGUGGCUUUGCUGAGUACCCGAGACUUAGACUCUGGAGACAAUGGUAAAGUCAGCUUACACAUACCUAGGAAAUCUCCAUUCUUCCUGAAACCGUCCUUCUCUCAUAAUUACGUAUUAGUUACCAGUGGACGUUUAGAUCGAGAACAUGUCUCCGACUAUACUAUUGAGAUAGUGGCAACUGAUUCAGGUUCUCCUCCUCUGUCCAGUAAAAAGAGUAUACCUGUGAGCAUCACUGAUGUCAAUGAUAACCCACCUAUAUUCACACAGCCUUCCUAUAAUGUAUAUUUAAAAGAGAAUGGGGUAGCAGGUUCAAUAAUAUUUUCAGUUUCAGCAUCUGAUUUGGAUUUUGGUGAAAACGCUAAAAUCUCUUAUUCUAUCCUGGACUCUAAAGUGCAGGACGUGUCAGUUUCAUCUUAUGUUUACAUUAACUCAGAUAACGGUAGCAUCUACAGCAUGCACUCCUUUGACUAUGAGAAACUCAAGGUGUUUCAGAUUCAGGUCCAGGCAAAGGAUCAGGGUUCUCCGUCUCUCAGCACCAACGCCACUGUCCAUGUUUUCGUCCUGGACCAGAACGAUAAUGCCCCCGCUGUUAUUUACCCCUCCUCCGCUGCCCUGGGCUCCCUCUCUCAUCAGAGGAUGCCCCGCUCCGCUAAAGCGGGUCACCUGGUCACUAAGGUGACGGCUGUGGACGCGGACUCGGGCCAUAACGCCUGGAUCUCCUACAAACUGGCGGAGGCCACAGACGCCUCUCUGUUCACUGUCAAUCUGUACACAGGGGAGGUGAGGACUAAACGCACUGUGUCCGAGCAGGACGACUCCUCUCAGAGGCUGCUUAUAGAGAUCAAGGACGAUGGGGAUCCGGUCCAGUCCGCCACCGUCACCGUGUCCAUCCUGAUGGAGGACGGUCUCCACGAGCCCAUCUUGGACAUCAGACACAAAGUCACUGAGCCCAGCAAGAAAACUGGGAGAAUCACCCUUUAUUUGAUUCUGUCUCUGGCCUCAGUGUCCGUGCUGUCUCUGGUGACUUUUCUCAUCUUAGCGGUGAAAUGUAUCAGAAACAGCAGAAGCAGCGGUAGCUGCUGCAUGAGACGGACCGACUGUGAUGAUUACAAGAACCCCAACAGGAACCUGCAGAUUCAGCUCAACACUGAUGGACCUAUAAAGUAUGUGGAGGUCCUGGGAGGAGACAUGUUGUCUCAGAGUCAGUCGUUCAGGUCCUGUAUGUCUCCGAUGUCAGAGUACAGUGAUUUCACUCUGAUCAAACCCAGCAGCACCACUGACUUUAAGGAAGUGAUCAGUGUCCUGGAUGCGUCUUUACCCGACAGCACCUGGACCUUUGAGAGUCAACAGGUGAGCAAAUGACAGUUUUACUAAUUG